UCCUUCCUCGCCCAUCGGCCGAGAAGACGAAGAGGCGAGCCGUACGCGUCAUCACUCGCCAUCGCCAUCGCAAUCUCAAAUCUCUCUCUCUGUCUCCCCCUGUUCCAGUUGCUGUCGCCGCAAGAUCUAUGAAGAAAAAUCAUCUUUCAAGUACUAGAUCUUCAGUUGCCGGGAAUAGUGGUAAGGAAGGUACAUCUACUCAAUUAAAAGGGGAAGUUUUGCCAGGGAGCUUGAUUUGGGUCAGGCUGAAUGGUGAUUCCUGGUGGCCAGCACAGGUUGUUGAUGGUGACAGUGUGAGUGAGAGCAAUAAACCUAGUAAUAGGUUGGCGGGUGAAGUUCUUGUACGGUUGUAUGGGAGCUACAAAUAUUUGUAUGCGGAUCCUCUUAAAUGCCAAUAUGAGUUUGAAAGUGUGCUCAAACAGGAUAAUGGGAGCUAUCAUCAUGUAUUUGUGAAAGCUCUUGAGAGGGAACUUCCUAGCUCAACAUCUGCCACAUCGAAGAAACGGGGACACAAACAUACAGAGAGAAGAAGUAAUGGUGCUUCCAAGGAUAAAAAAUCAAAUCAUGUUACGGAGGAUAGAACUCACAAUCUAGAAGACAGGAAAUCAGGAGAUGCUGAUACAGAAGGUUAUAUAGACUUAAGUGCGAAGAGGCCUGGAGGACAUAGAGUUGAUACAAUAGCUGAGAGAUCUAAGACGAAGUUGGGUUCUCAAAGAGCUGAAGGAGCAAACUUGAAAGCCCCUCAUUGUGGUAAGACACACAGAAAAGAAAGGCUAAGCAGCAAUCAAGAUCCAUCAAAUAGUGAAACUUUUCAAAAAGAUGGUCUGCCAACAACACCAAGAACUGUAGAGGCAGGAGAUAUUGGCAUUUCUGGGAGAGAGAGAAUUGUAAAGUGUCUAGAGCAAAAGAAUGGGAGCAUUGAGAAUCCGAAGAUCAGAGGUCCCAAUCAAGAUGGGGUCAAGAAAAAUCACGAAUCAAGCACAGACAAUGCUUCUGUUUCAGCAAGGAGGAAGAAUUUAAAAUUGGAACAAAAUAGUGUGUCAAGCAGAAUCAAGCUGUAUGGACGAAGUGCAGCAAAACAAGCAAAACUAAGGAUUGCAGGACAGCUCGAUCCAAAGGUAAAGCCCAAGGCCGUUGUCAAAAGUAUCCAGUCGAAAGUGGAAACCAAAUCCUUGAAGCAUCAUGAGGUGAAGAAUGAACAGAAGCAGAAGAGCAUUUGCCAGCAUGAGCAACAAGGCUGUGGUGAAGUUGAUCAACAUGAUAGCAUGCCCCGAGGGUUAAAGAGGAAAGGCCGAAUCAUGGAUCAUGAUAAAGAAUGCAAAACUUUGAAGCAGGAGGAGUACCAAAAAAACUGCAAGCCAAGUAGUGUAAGGGUCGAUGAGGAUUCAACCAAUAAAUCUCCUUUGCUAGACAGGUCUGUGAAGAAGCUGAAUGCAAACAAAAGAAAAACUGAGCAAGAUAAUGUGCAAAAGGACCUCAAGCCAAAUAUAAAAUACGCCAAGGAGGAAACAAAGAUGCAAGCUGCAAAACAAGUUGAGUUGGUGAAAAAACAGAAGCCAGCGAGUGCAAUAAAAAAGAAAUCUCAGGCACCUUCUCCCAGUUCAACUGAAAGAGCUCAAGUAGUUUGCACGCGGCGAUUGCGAGUAAUGAGAAGUCUUGGUUUGAUCAGUCCUGCAGGGUCACCAUAUCAAAAGGGAGAACACCAUUGUCUUAGUUGUUGAUCGGCGUGUAAAGGAAUCAGGCUUUUUUCAAGUGAUGAUAGUUCUAUCUUCGUGACGCCUAAUUUGGUUGUCUCGCCUGCUUGGUCCAAGAAGGUUCGGUCCAAGCAAUCGACAUGCUGAACAUAUUCUGUUAGGAUAUACAAACGUUGUAGAAUGUUGAUAAUGUUGUUGGGGUACAAUGAUAUAGAAGGCGGUAACAGCAAAGCUUGAAAAACGCUAAGCUUUUAUAGUGGUGCUACCUUGAAAUUUUAUCCAAAAGAAUCAUUCCUUUAGUUCAAGGUCGCAAUUUUUGCCAUAGAUUGUGCUUCAUGUUGUCCAGAAUUUAUCGGAAAUGCUAAUGCUGAGUUUGAGAU